GUCUUUUCAUCAGAAUAAGUAAAGUACUUGCUUUAUUCACCGGAGUUAAACUAACAAGUGAUGGCUUCUGCAACAGGCUACACAUUAAUCUUUACCGGAAUCCAUUGAUCUUUUGAGCUAGUAUUCAAUAGAAAUAUCAAUAUUUAAACAAAUGACCCCUGGUUUUACACAAACUGCAUUCAUUAACUAUGAUAGGAAGAAAAAAAAGAGGAUGGGGAGUUGGCUCCUUUACACGGAACUGUAUUGCGGCUACACGCACACACACCUCUAAACCUCUCUGUGACAACUUUUUUUUUUUAAAUAUGCAUUCUUCUCAAAUGAGUCAAUUUGGCAUUAUAAAUACUUCGUAAUUUGAGAUUAAGACUAAUUCCUACCUGAAAUAAAGUGAUCGCUACACAGGUGUGUGUAUUUAGUUGCGCACCAGCCAUCGGGUUUAAUUGCCAUAAUCCAUUGAUCUUUUCUGGUCUUUUCAUCUGGUAUGCUAUAGAAUGAUCUCUUUUAAUAUCUGUCUCCUCUGUUGUGACAACCAACAGCAAAACAGGUCGCGGGUAUUGUAAAUAUUCUUCUCCGGUUCAAUGUCUACCACAAUGUCGAGCAGCUCUGUUUGACCGGCAAUAUAGCACCUUGAAAAUGGUGACAUGACGUGCACGAGCACUAUAUGAGCUUCUUCUUUUGUAUUUGCCUCGUUACGGCCAGCGUUCCGGUGCCACCACAGCCAAGUCGAGUUUAGCCUUGUUUUUUCCUCAUUGUUUUUACCUAUUUGACCUCAUUUUCAUGUUUUUGGACCUCGUCUUUUGCCACGUGUUUUAGUGCCUUUGCAUUUGUUGAACUGCCUAACUGUGUGUGCCCUCUGCCUGGAAAAAAAAACACCCUCAAUAUCAUGUCACUGCCUCGGAGUCCUGCAUUUAGGUCCUACCCCCUGUCCCAUGCUCGUAACAGAACGAAAUGGCCAGAACACGCGCGAGCGGGAAAAACGCGCCGUCGCCAGUCACGCUGCCUGUCUGCCUCCCAGCGCAGUCAGCCUGCUGACCAAGCGUAACCUCUCCGAAUGGCCUUUUUGUCCUCUCCUUUCUUGUCACCUGCACCCCCACCCGUGUUAUGAUUAUUCUCGACGCCCAACCCAUUGAUCGCCAUCUUUAUUAGACUGAUUUUUCAGAUUUUGAGAACCUUGAGUUAUAUGACCGCCGGCCUGAUUCUGACUCAGAUAUAGAUUUUGUUUUUUUUCCCCCUCUCUUUUUUUAGUCCAAGUCAAUUUGUGUCACCUCUCCCCAUCUUUAUCCCCCGUGUGCCUAAGCCCAAGUCCUCUUCCUCCUACCUUUUCCGGGGAAACAGUCGGAGCAUUUAACAGGGACCUCUGCGUGGUGGCCAGCGGGGGCGUCCAAGUAGAGUUCAGCUUUAUGCCUCCCUCUUCACACCACCCAAGCCAUGCCAUGUAAAAUCCACCCGUGAGUCAACUUGUUCUAUACCACCCAUGUUUCCCAGCUCAACUUUUCAAGUCCCUGUGCACUCUGCCGCUCUCGAAUCCACUACCAAGCCUCGAUGGCAGCAGGCUGAGGAGGCACCAGCUGUCCCCAAGUCACCUCUUGCUCAUGGCUCAGCAGUGUCUGAUCCCGAGCCACCUCUUGAUCAUGCCUCGGCAAACCUGACCCUGAACUGCCUCUUUCUCAUGCCUCACUGGAGCCUGACCCCUAGCCGCUUCUUGCUCAUGCCUCGGUGGAGCCUGAACCCAAGCUGCCUCUUGGCCAUUCCUCAGCGGUGCUCGACCAGCAGCCGCCGUGUCUCAAUCAUGCCUUGGCGGUGCUUGACCAGCGGCCGCCGCCUCUCGACCAUACCUCGGCGGUGCUCGACCAGCAGUAGCAGCUGCCGCCGCCUUUCGACCAGGCCUCGGUAAUGCCAGACCAGCAGCAACACCAGCAGCUUUUGCCUCUUGCCCAUGCCUUGGCGGUGCUUGACCAUUGUGCAAGGGGUGCUGAGACUUCAAGAAAUGUAUACAAUUUAAAGUGCCUAAUAAUGCAAUAACCUGGGACAAUGUCAAUUGUGCAAAUGGUGCAAAUGCUUCUCAAGCGCAUGAAUGGCGAAUAUUAGUAAACAACAGAUACAGUGUACAAAUUAUGCACCGUGGUGAGACUACUACAGUGAGUGCACAAGUUAUGUACAAUUGACCCGACAGACAUGGUAAACCAAACUGAAAAAAUAAAAUUGGCAGCAUGUUUCAAUGGAAUUGUAAAUUAGCCGUUUAAGAAGUUAAUGUAAAGAGGGAAGAGUUUGUUGGAAUGUUUGGUACUUUUAGUUUGCAUUGUUCGUUAGUGGGAAAGAGCUGGAAGAGGUGGUGAGCAGGUUUUGGAUGCUCCAAGAGGAUUUUGUAUACUGUCUUAGUUCUGGUAGCGGGCAAAAGUCUUCAAGAAAGUGUAGGAGAGUGCUUUUUUUUGCUUUUACUGAAGUUUUGAUUCUCUGUUGCAGCACCAAACAAGACUGUGAUGGAAGAACACAGGACUGAUUUCAUGAAUGCUAUGUAAAACUGUCUCAGAAUUUCCUCUGGCAGGCCAUGUUUCGUCAGAAGCCACAGGAAGUACUGUACAUAGUUUCCUGGGCUUUUUUGAGGAUGGAGUUGAUGUUGGUCUCCCACUGCAGGUCAUUCCAGGAAACCGAAGGUCUCGAGGGUUGACACAGGGCAGUUGGACAGAGUGAGGGAGUUGUGAUGAAGGGUACCUCAGUCUGCUACAGUCUUGAGGGUAUUCAGCUCCAGGAUGUGCCGGCUGCACCACACCUCCAGCCGCUCUACCGCCUGUCAAUACAGACUCAUCAUCAACUUUGAUGAGGCCGAUAACUGUCGUGUCAUCUGUAAAUUUCAGAUUGAUAGCUGGGUGGUUUGAAGUGCAGUCGUUCAGAGAAGAGCAGUGGAGAGAGGACAUAACUUUAGGGCAUCCCAGUGUUGGUGUUGCAUGUACGUAGAUGAGUUGGUGUCCCCCAGCCUCAGCUGCUGUGUCCUGACCUUCAGGAACCUGUAGAUCCGCUGGCAGAUGGAAGGCGAGACAAUGAGUUUGAGAAAUUUGGAGAAGAGUUUGAGAAUGAUGGAAUGAUGAGCGCAGAGAUGGUGAAUUAUCGGCACUGGUAUUUGGCAUUUCAACGCAUAUUGACAUGUACCUUGAUGAUUUUUUUUUUUUUAAUAAAAUCUGACUGCUGAUAAGUGUUCCAUUGAAAACUGGGUAAACCUCAGGGAACGACAGCAUUAUUUAAAAUUUGUUGAGUAUAAAGGAGAUUCUGCUGAACGUGAGAAUUCACUGCACAUUUUCUUUUUAUUGCAACUCAAAACAAAGAGAAGUAAAAGAUACAAACAGAAACAUUUCAGUUAUAUUGCAAUUUAAAAAAAAAUCUUCAGGGGAGAUAUUUAAGUGUUCAUUUAGUCUUAUUGUACAUGCUGCUAAGCCGAGGAACUCCUUGCACUUUUUGUUAGGUUUUUAAAAAUAUGUAUUUUUUUGUCAAACUUUUAACACAUUGCAAAUCUACAAUGCUGUUUAAUAAACCUUUUAACAGCAGUUAAACCAAGCAAGUGUUGAAUAACACACUAUUGAAAAUUUUGCCACCAAUAUUUUCCCCUUGACUGCAAAUGAAUAUCUGCUCCGAAUGUGGGUUAUUGUCCGCCUUUGCUAUUAAUAAUGGAGUUUGAUAUUGGCCCUAAAAAAACAAACAUUGGUUUAUUUGUAGUUGGAACGGACAGGAAAACAGUCCCAAUCUGAUGAAGGUAUUACAAAGGAAUUAAGCAUUUGGACGUGCAGUGUAAAUCCAGCUCAAGCAACAAAAGUGAUACCAAAUACUUUUCCACUCCCUACUUUUCAGGUACAUGUCUGACCGAGUCUCGCCAGGGCUAUAAAGUAAUGGGAGACUUGAAAAAAACAAACAGAUCUUUUCAGGAAGUGUCCUAAGACAGAGACACACCUCCAUAGCUUCUCGGUCACAUAUCAACAGGCUUGCUGCACUUGGUUUAAUAUAAACUCGAUGUUCCCUGGCACAAUGUCAGAUUGAGAGUUGGGAGGAGCCUGCCCCAGUAAGUUCAACUCAGGACAGACUGAAGGACAAAACAAGCAGGAAGGGGACGAAAGGUAACUCCAGCAACAGACCCACUGUGAAGAAAAUAAAGACUUAACAUAUCACCUGGCUGUAAAAGAAUGUCGGUGUCGGCUGUUCGACGGGUGCUUGCCGCUGCGUCACAUUCGAGCCAUGAUGGAGGAGCGAGGACCUGGAAGAUCCUGACCUUUGUCCUGGCCCUUCCCGGUGUGGCUGUGUGCAUGGCCAACGCCUACAUGAAGAUGCAGGCGCACUCGCACGAGCAGCCGGAUUUUGUGCCCUAUGAACACCUCCGCAUCCGCACCAAGAAAUUCCCUUGGGGCGAUGGCAACCACUCGCUGUUCCACAAUGCUCACACCAACGCUCUGCCUGAUGGCUACGAGAGCUCCCACCACUGAAAGGUUGUCCAUCUACUCAGCGAUGUCCUGCACUGAAAUAAAGAUCGCCAUUAUUCUUGAA